UCAAAAAUAUCAAUCAAUCAAUUUCAAUUUAACAAAAAAAAAAAAAAACCCAAAUCUUGAUUAAAUUUACCCUUCUCGUGUUCCAAAAGAAAUCUUCCUCCUCUUUCUUCCUCCCCUGUCUUGCUUCCGUAGGAGUUGUAGGGCAUUUUUGCCCCUACUUGUCUUGUUCAAUAUUACAAUCCUCCACGGACUGCGAUUUCAUCUCCACUGCCGUCAGUUUUUGAUCUCUCUAUUCUUUCUCCCUCAGGUUUGGAUAUUGGUAAUUACUGCUUAAUUUGAGAUCCGUGGAGGGGAAAAAGGAAAACGAGUGACUUAUUUGUGUUUACUUGUGAGUGGUGAUUUAAGGGGUGCAUAUUUUUGAUGCUUUUAUUGGGGUUUAGAUUAGUUGGAUAUAGGGUCGAUGGCCAAUUCAGGUGUGGGGAACAGAUUUACAUCGGUGAAUCUGAGUAAAUCAUAUGGGCAAUCUUUGCACUCCAAUCAAUCCCACAGUAAUAAUAAUUAUGGGAUGGGCCGAGGAGGAGGCCGUUCUGGUGGUGGUGGGGGUGGAAUGGUGGUUCUUUCUCGGCCCAAGAGUUCGCACAAACCUGGGUCGAAGCUUUCAGUUCCACCCCCCGUGAACUUGCCUUCUUUAAGGAAGGAACAUGAGAAGUUUGAUUCUUUGGGUUCGGGUAGUGGGGCUGUUGGUGGUGGUGUUGCUGGUAGUGGGGCCAGACCAUCGUCCUCGGGUAUGAGGUGGUCUAAACCUAGUACAAUUGUACAAGGGGUGGGUGGUAGUGAUCGGCCGUUGUCUAGUGAGGGUGUUGAUCAUGGAGUUCAAGGUGUUAAUGUGGGUAAUAGAGGAUUGAGUAGUACUGCUUAUAUGCCACCCUCUGCUAGGACUGAUGUUUCUGUGAUUGGGCCUAGUGCUGUUGAAAAAGUUACUGUUUUGAGAGGUGAAGAUUUUCCUUCGUUGCGAGCUACUUUGAACAGUGCAAAUGGGUCUACUCAGAAGCAGAAGGAUUCAGCUCUUCAGAAACAUAAGCAAGGGGUGGGUGAGGAAUCAUCUGUUGGACGGAGGGAAGGUUUGAACUUGAGUUCUAAUGUUGAUAUGCGUCCCCAAGUGUUGUCUUCUCAGCAUUCGGUGAGUAAUGGUAUUGGUGUUCAGGGUAAAGAGGAUCGUAGUUCAGCCAAUUCCCGCUCUCUGGAUCAUAAUAGGCGAAAGCAAGAUGACUAUUUUUCUAGAUCACUUCCUUUGGCUCGAUUGAGCCCAAGGUCUGACUGGGAAGAUGAUGAGCGUGAUACUAGUCAUGGGUUGUCUAGCAAGAGCAGAGACCAUGGUUUUUCAAGAACUGAAGCUUACUGGGAUAGGGACUUUGAUUUGCCAGGGAGUAGUUUCCCACCACUCAAACCAGCUCAGAAUCUUUUUGACAGGCGGCGUCAGCAUGGCGAUGAUGUUGGAAAGGGUUUGUCCAACGAAGUCUAUAAUGCAGAAUCCCUUCCCAGAGAUGCUCGAGUACCUAGUAGAGAGAGACGUGAAGGACACUCAUGGAAAUCUCCUAUCUCCAGGGAUGGAAUUGGUUCCCAGGAAGUCAGUAAUGACAAAAGCAGUUUUGGUGCUAGGCUAACUGGUGUGAACCGAGACCUGAAUAAAGAUAAUAAGUAUGUCCCUCCCCAAAGUGGAGGCAACACUCGAGCUGAGUAUAAUGUGGGAUCGAGUGCUAAUGGUGAUCAUGUUAAUGGGUGGAGGGAUCAUGGUCGACAGCAGUGGAAUAAGUCGCCGGCUUUGACUAAUAGCAAAGCUUUGGAAGGGAACAAUCGGAACAUCUCUGGUAACGAUUCCAAAAAAUAUAGAACUGAUAUGGCUCAAACCAACAUGGUUUUGCGAUCUUCAUUAUCCACUGGAAAUAAAGGGCUGUCUGGCAAUGUUCAUUUAUCAAAUUCUGGAAGAGACAAACACUUUUCCUUCAGGAAUGAAAAACCAUAUGUUGAGGAUUCUUUUUCUGGUUUUGAUGGGCAGGAUCCUUUUCCUGGUAGUAUUCUUGGUGUGGUAAGGAGAAAGAAGGAUUCAAAUAAACAGCUUGAUUUUCAUGAUCCUGUUAGGGAAUCUUUUGAAGCUGAACUCGAGAGGGUUCAAAUGAUACAAGAACAAGAACGGAAGCGUAUUAUUGAAGAGCAAGAGAGAGCUAUGGAAAUGGCUCGCAGGGAAGAAGAGGAGAGACAGAGAGUGGUGAGGGAACAGGAAGAACGCAAGAGACGACUAGAAGAAGAAGCACGAGAAGUUGCUUGGAGGGCAGAGCAAGAACAGUUGGAGGCCAUACGGAGAGCAGAGGAGCAAAGGGUAGCCAGAGAAGAGGAAAAACAAAGGAUUUUAUUGGAGGAAGAGAGAAGAAAGGAAGCGGCCAAGCAAAAGCUUAUUGAAUUAGAAGAAAGAAUUGCUAGGAGGCAGACAGAACCAGGAAAAGCUCAUGGUAGUGCUGGUUUACCAGGUGAUAUCAGAGUUGGUGCUCAGAAAGAAAUUGAUUUGUCCCAAGUUGAUGAUUUUGGUUGUUGGGAAGAUGGAGAAAGGAUGGUGGAGAGGAUUACAAAUUCAGCAUCUUCUGAUUCGAGUAUUAGUAGACAAUUUGAUGUGGGGUCCAGGGCUGUACCAGCUAGAGAGGGUUCUUCUGCGUUUGCAGAUAGAACAAAACCUUUUAAUUCAUGGAGACGUGAUAUGUUUGAGAGCAGUAACAACUCAUCUUUCUUUUAUGCUGAUCAUGAAAAUGGCCAUCAGAGUCAUAGGCAGAAUGCCUCUAUGGUAGGAAGAUCAUUUCCUCGGAAAGACUUAUAUGGUGGGCAAGGCUACAUGCCUACCAGGGGCUACUACCGAGGGGGUGUUUCAGAACCCCAAAUGGAUGAUUUCCCGCAUGCAAGGGGUCAUCGAUGGAACAUUUCUGGGGAUGGUGAUCCGUAUGGCAGAAGCUUGGAGUUGGAAGCAGACUUUCCUGACAAUGUUGAUGAUGGUAGCUUUGAUUUGGGAUGGGGGCAGGGAAGGGGUCGUGGAAAUUCUUCUUUUCCUGAACGAAUGUACCCAAAUCCUGAUGUGGAUGAUGUUUACUCGUAUGGGAGGUCCAGGUAUCCUGCUAGACAGCCUCGGGUGUUACCCCCUCCAUCGUUACCUUCAGUGCAGAGGACAUCCUACAGAGAGGAAAAUGAACGCCCUGAUACCUCAGCUUACGAAGAUGGAAACAUACAAUUAAAUCAGGCAUUACUUAGGGAGUCUUGUGGAAUAGGCUAUCAGAAUGCUCAUAAGGAGGAUUUAGAUAUUUUGGAUGCCAAAGAUCAUAGUGCAAAGAGUGGGGAGGAGGAACUGGAUCAGAGCACUAUACCAGGGCGUGACUCACAGUCGACACUUUCUGUUUCGAGUCCCCCUACUUCUCCUACUCAUUUGUCACAUGAUGAUUUGGAAGAAUCUAGGGAUCCAUUGGUGGUACCUUCUGCAGUAGAAGGCGAAGACAUUUCUCUCUCAGAAAAUGAGGCUGUACCUAGUGCGAGUUCUGUAUCAGUAGGUGAUGAUGAAGAGUGGACUAUUGAGAACAAUGAGGAGGUACAAGAGCAAGAAGUGUAUGAUGAAGAUGUAGGUUACCAUGAAGAAGAUGAAGUGCAUGAAGGAGAUGAUGAGAAUCUUGAACUGAAUGGUGAGUUUGAAGAUCUGAAUCUCGAGGGGAAAGAUUCUGAUGGAGACAAUUUGGUUCUUGGCUUUGAUCAAGGUGUGGAAGUUGUGAUGCCAAAUGAGGAUUAUGAAAAAAGGCCUAGUACUGAUGAAAGUUUGUAUGUAGGACAUCAGGCAGCUGUCAGUCCUGUCACUGUCGUGGAAACGAAGGAAUCUUAUGAUGGCAGCCGAGAUGGACUAAGUUUGCAAGCUCCUGAUGACUCACAGCUUGCUGGUUCUGAUAAUAAUUGUGCGGUUGUUCAAGAGACUGAGAAUACUGGGAAUUCUUCGACUGUUACCGUUUUGAGUAUUCAGCAGUCGGUUUCGUCUCCUGUUGAGACAAACUCACUAUCAUCUAACCAGCCCUUGCCUAGUGUAGCUGGGGCCCAGGGCCCUGCUGACUUGCCUGUUAAGCUUCAGUUUGGGUUGUUUUCUGGUCCUUCUCUGAUUCCUACUGUUCCAGCUAUACAAAUUGGUUCCAUUCAAAUGCCUCUUCAACUUCAUCCACAAAUUGGUCCUUCCUUGACUCAUAUGCAUAGUCCACAGCCUCCUGUUUUUCAAUUUGGUCAGCUUAGGUACCCCUCUCCCAUGUCUCAGGGAAUUUUGCCUUUGGCACCUCAAUCAAUGCCUUUCAUUCAGUCCAAUGUGCCGCCUAUUUAUUCUUCUAGUCAAGUACCUGCUGCUCCACCAUCUGUUCAGCCUGUCCAAGAUUUCUCUCACAGUGCUGUAAAAGAUGAUGCGUCAUCACAUAUGAUGAAAAGCAAUUGUAUUCUGCUUCCACAUCAGGUAAAAGUACAAGAUACAGUGUCAAAAGAGGCUGGUUUGCUACCUGCUCCAGGAGUUGGAAACAAUGGUCUGUUACGUCAAAAGCAAGAAGCUGCCACUGACAAGGACCAAGUUAGGGUAGAAUUAGGACAGAAUGCUGACAAUCUAAGCCAUGCUGGUAAUGUUGUGAGAAACUCAAAGCCAUUUUUGAGUAGAACAUCUGAAAGUCGAGUUGGACCUCCUGGAUCUUCGUUUGCUAUUAAUGUAAAAGAUUCUAGUCGCCCAUCAGCACAGGGUCAAUACUCCGGGAGCAAAGGGAAGAGGUUUUCUGCUAGAAAUGCUGGAGCUAGAUCGUCGUCUGCAAAUGAGGCAGCUUGCAUGGAUAACAAUGGUUUUCAGAGGAAGCCACGGCGCCCUCCACAGAGAUUUGAGUUUCGUGUUCGACAGACUUCUGAUGAAAAGCAAUCUUCUUCCUUGCCUUCUAGUUCCUCUGGGCUGGAUGCCAGGUCUGAUUCUGUUGGAAAGGGUAUUGGAACAUUGCGGAAAAGUGGGUUGAAGUCUGAUAAACCAAAACAAUCCUUUGAUUCAGAGAUUUCUGGCUCUGAUCAGAUUCAUCAGGAAACUGGUUCUGGGAUUGAAGAAGACAAGGCAGCCCGUAAAGAAACAGCAGCAACCAACGGGCUAGACACAUCUCAGCGUGCAGAAGGAAGCUUGAAAAGAAUUGUUAGUUCAGAAGAUGAUGUUGAUGCUCCCUUGCUAAGUGGUAUUGUGCGAAUCUUCAAGCAACCUGGUAUCGAGGCUCCUAGUGAUGAAGAUGACUUUAUUGAAGUUAGGUCAAAAAGACAAAUGCUGAACAAUCGGCGCGAACAGAGAGAAAAGGAUCUUAAGGAAAGAUCAAGCAACAUGAGAACGGCUCAGCGAAAGUCUCGUCCUUCAGUCCAAGGUGCCGCCGCCAGAAGUACUAGUAGAGCUAGUGCAUUAUUGGGUGCGCAUGCAAAAAAAAGUGCUCGGACAACUUUUGCAAAAAGAGGCUUGCUAAACAAUGAAAUGUCUGGAACAUUGAAUAAUGUAGGUUCCCAACCAUUAGCUCCAAUUGGUACUCCUACUAUUGGUGCUGAUUGUCAGACUGAUGGCAAAUCCCAAACAAUCAAUGCCUAUUCAAGCAGUAGACGAGCUGUUGGACAUGGUUCCGAUGAUUUGACUUUUGAUGCGCAAAGGAAGGUUGUUGAUGGAAUUCAGUCAUCUACAAGCUCCUGGAGUAGUCCAAACAUUAAUCAGCCGGUUAUGGCCUUGACACAGACACAACUUGAGGAGGCUAUGAAGCCUGCUUGUUUUGAUGUUCAUGUUGCAUCCAUUGGAGAAUGUAGUACUUCAGUCAAUGUUUCACGUAUGCCGUCAUCAUCUGUCCUCUCAAAAGAUACACUUUAUUCCGCACUUAGUCCAAUCGAUUCUCUCCUUGCUGGGGAGAAAAUACAAUUUGGUGCAGUCACUUCUCCUUCAAUUCUUCCUCCUAGCACGCGUUCUGUUUCACAUAACAUCAAGCCCCAUGCUUCUCUUCCAUUGGGUGUCUGUAUGUCUCAAAGCAUGCCUGCAUCACAGAAUAAAUCUGAAAUUGUUUUUGGUAAGGAGAAGCAUCCUAGUGAUUCUUGCCCUUCAUUAGAGGAUUGUGAAGCUGAAGCGGAAGCGGAAGCGGCUGCUUCUGCUGUUGCUGUUGCUGCUAUUUCUAAUGACGAAGUUGUUGGGAACAUCACUGGUAUCUGUACAACUGCCAUCUCUGAUCCGAAAGGCUUUGGUGGUGCUGAUUUAAAUAGGAUCAUGAAAGGUGAUCAACAAAUAGCGAGUGAGUCAAAGGCUGAAGAGACUUUGAGUGUAUCUCUCCCUGCAGAUCUCUCGGUGGAGACACCACCAAUCUCCAUAUGGCCACCUUCGUCUAGUCCUCACAAUUCAUCAAGCCAGAUGCUUUCACCAUUUCCUGGAGGCCCAGCUUCUCAUUUUCCUUUUUAUGACAUGAAUCCUAUGAUGAGGGGUCCUAUGUUUUCCUUUGGGCCCCAUGAGGAGUCCGCUGCCCCUCAACCACAACCGCAGAAGAGCAGUGUAUCUAGUUCAGGCCCUCAGGGUAAUUGGCAACAGUGCCAUACUGGCGUAGAUUCAUUCUAUGGUCCUACGGGAUUCACAGCUCCUUUCAUCAGUCCUGGAGGUAUGCAGGGCCCUCCACAUAUGGUGGUUUAUAAUCAUUUUGCACCGUUGGGGCAAUUUGGACAAAUUGGCUUGAGUUACAUGGGAACCACCUACAUUCCUUCUGGGAAACAGCCUGAUUGGAAGCAUAAUCUUGCAUCAGUUUUGGGUGGUAGUGAGGGUGAAAUGAACAAUACGAAUUUGAUCUCUGUGCAGCGCAAUGCUCCCAAUCUACAAACACCGGUUCAACACUUAGCUCCAGGGUCUCCACUUCUAUCGAUGCCAUCACCCUUGGCCAUGUUCAAAAUGUCACCUUUUCAGAAGCAAGCUGAGGGUAUGCCGUCUCAGUCAAGUCAUGGAUCUGCCGAUCAUCAUUCAGCAGCAGCAAAUGGCUUUUCUAUUCCCCACACAUCAUCAUCACUCGAGGAUGCUUGCUCUCUUGCAAUGGUUACAAAUGCUGCGGUGACCCAGUUUCCUGAUAAACUUGGUUUUGGGGCUCCUCCAGUUUCCACCGCCCCUGAAGCUCUGGGACUAAAUGUGGGGAGUAAGAGCGGCUCCGCGGAUUCUACACUGGUUGCUGCUGCCGCCGAAGCUUCUGGAAGCAGAAGAAGCCCACAUGUUGCAGCUAAACAUAAGAAUCCAUCUGGGCAGCAGCGGUACAGUCAUUAUCAGAGAGGGGUAGGUCAGAAGAAUGGAUCCGGAGCAGAAUGGUCCAACCGUAAAUCUGGGUUUCAUGGAAGGAACCAAUCUUCAGCUCCUGCAAAGGUCAAACAGAUUUAUGUUGCAAAGCAAACUAGUAAUAGUGGACCCGGAGAUGCUGUGUAACUUGCAAUGAUUGGUGGUGGAAGAGAGAGCUUCGAUUGUAGCUCCUUUUGACAAUGUUAAUGUUUACAUUCGAUUUUUACUGCCAUUGAAGCAAGUUAGAAGAUCCACCAUGAUUUUCGUCAUUUUAGAAGUUGUAUGUUGUGUUUUUUUGAUAAUUUUGUGAGCUCUUUCUAUAUAAAUUUUUAGUGGGGUUUUGUUAUUAUUUCUGAAAAAAAUUUAAUGUAGUUCUCAAGAGUAUGAUGGAAGAAACGUAGUAAGGUUCUGGCCUUCUGGGCUAUGGAUGUGAUUUAAUAGGGAAGAAUAUUGGUAUAUUAGGGGACUAAUGGGACUUUUAUGUGCUAUUACUUUCUGAAUGAAUUAUUGGGAGAAUAUUUCUAUGUUGUAGCCCAA